AGAGGCCCCCAGGCCCGGGACUUUCCUGGGCUGGGCUCAGCUGCCCCCCCAAUCCCCCAGGUAGGCCAGGAGGCCGGGGCGGGGCCUGCUUGGGGUUAAAUACUCCAGCCCAGCACCCGCCAGGCCUCUUGUCCCAAUCUUCCCAGCAGCAGGUUUGACCAAGAUCAGUCAUGACGACUUACAGUGACAAAGGGGCAAAGCCUGAGAGAGGCCGAUUCCUGCACUUCCACUCUGUGACCUUCUGGGUUGGCAACGCCAAGCAGGCCGCGUCAUUCUACUGCAACAAGAUGGGCUUCGAACCUCUAGCCUACAGGGGCCUAGAGACCGGCUCCCGGGAGGUAGUCAGCCAUGUCAUCAAACAAGGGAAGAUUGUGUUUGUCCUCUCCUCAGCGCUCAACCCCUGGAACAAAGAGAUGGGAGAUCACCUGGUGAAACACGGCGAUGGAGUAAAGGACAUCGCAUUCGAGGUGGAGGAUUGUGACUACAUCGUGCAGAAAGCACGGGAACGGGGCGCCAAAAUCGUGCGGGAGCCCUGGGUAGAGGAAGACAAUUUUGGGAAGGUGAAGUUUGCUGUGCUGCAGACGUAUGGCGACACCACACACACCCUGGUGGAGAAGAUGAACUACGCCGGCCGAUUCUUGCCUGGAUAUAAGGCCCCAGCGUUCAUGGACCCCCUACUUCCUCAACUGCCCAAGUGCAGUCUCGAGGUUAUCGACCACAUUGUGGGAAACCAGCCUGAUCAGGAGAUGGUGUCGGCCUCUGAAUGGUACCUGAAAAACCUGCAGUUCCACCGCUUCUGGUCCGUGGAUGACACACAGGUGCACACGGAAUACAGCUCUUUGCGAUCCAUUGUGGUGGCCAACUAUGAGGAGUCCAUCAAGAUGCCCAUCAAUGAGCCAGCGCCCGGCAAGAAGAAGUCCCAGAUCCAGGAAUAUGUGGACUAUAACGGGGGCGCCGGGGUCCAGCACAUUGCUCUCAAGACCCAGGACAUCAUCACAGCGAUUCGCCACUUGCGAGGGAGAGGCAUGGAAUUCUUAUCUGUUCCCUCCAUGUACUACAAGCAACUGCGGGAGAAGCUGAAGGUGGCCAAGAUCAAGGUGAAGGAGAGCAUUGAUGUCCUGGAGGAGCUGAAAAUCCUGGUGGACUACGACGAGAAAGGCUACCUCCUGCAGAUCUUCACCAAACCCGUGCAGGACCGGCCCACGCUCUUCCUGGAAGUCAUCCAGCGCCACAACCACCAGGGUUUUGGUGCCGGUAACUUCAACUCACUGUUCAAGGCUUUUGAGGAGGAGCAGGACCUGCGGGGUAACCUCACCAACAUGGAGACCGACGGGGUGGUGCCCGGGAUGUAAGCCCCGCCCACCGCCGACCCAAGGAGGCCCCGCCCACCCACGGACACACAGCCACGCCCCCUGAUUCUGGAACUUGGCCAACUUCCCCACUGGCCGUUCCCCUUGGGUCCCGCCCAGCGGCGGACUUGGCCCCCAAGGCUCCGCCCACCCUGACCACGCCCCUCAGCGGACCGCCCUCCGCUCCAGCCCUCCCGAGUAAAGCGUGCCCGGUCCAA